AUUCACCUCAGCACCUGCACCUGUACUGCUGCAGCGCUGAAGACUUCAGACACAAAGACAGGACACGUCUCUCGUCUCUCUGUUUGGAUUGUAAUGCACUGAAGACUCAAAAAGGGAGAAGAUGAUCUUCAUCCUCCUGCAGCUCAUCUUCCUCACCUCCUGUGUCUCUGGAACAUUUGUAGUGAAUGUGACUCAGACUUCCUAUCAGGCAGAGGAGAACCAGAACAUCACCCUGGAGUGGACCUUCAGCACCAGAAGAGACACUUCCCUCAGAUCCAUCUCUACCAUCUGUUUCCUGUUUGCUGAGACCAGAACCUACGUCCUGUUUCAUCUCCUUGGAGGUGUUGAAUCCCCAGAGUCUCAGGAUCCAGAGUUUGCAGGACGAGUCCAGUGGGACAAAGACGUCCUCACAGAAGGACGCCUCACACUUCAUGUCUCCAGAUUCAGGACCAGUGACUCUGGGUUUUAUGGGUGUGACAUACUCGUCACACCUGAUGGGACUAACUCUAGGAGAUGCUGGCUCAACGUCACUGCUGCUGCUGAGCUCCAAACUCAGAGACCAACAGAGAGUCCACUUCCAGAGAGCUGGAGAGACAUCUGGAUCUAUGUUGGACUGCCAGUUACAGCAUUUCUACUGUUUCUCUUUGCUGCUGUCUUUGUCCUCAAAGUUUUCCUCACUAAAUCUCCUUAUUGGAAAAUAUACAUCAAUGAGGAUGUACAGACGAUGAGUUCUUUAGAGAAUCUAACCCAAAUAAUCUGAAACCCUCUUCAAAUGAACAAGAAAAGUCCAAGGUUCUCAUCAUCUUCUGAUUUAACUGUCAGAAAACUACUGAUGAUGGAAGAAUGUAUAUUUGUAUGCAGAAGCUAUUAUGAAAAGAACCACAAAGCGUAAUACGUAGUGUUUAUUGAUGUAUUCACUGUUUGCUGUAAUCACAUUACAUUCUGUGAGCACUACACAAACUUGAAAGACACUUUAAAAGAUCACUGGAAAUGAUUCAGAUUUAUCCACCAUGUUUUAACUAAUUGAUCCUUGACUGAAUUUAUCCGUGCUGAUCGUACAUAUGACAUUCUAUUUCUUCUACGUUAGAAGAAAAGAUGCUUUGUAGGAAGAAAUGAAUGUUUGCAUUAAAUCUAGUUAGGUGGAGUGCAAGAAAUUCAAGUGCAGCUGAAUUGCAGCUGAAGUUAUGUAAAUAUAUGUUAAUAGGAACAGGGGUAGAAAAACGUUACUUUCUUUUCCCUCCGUUAUCCAAAAUGUGGUUUGUAAAGAGUCUCUCUCAGAGCAGAGCAGAGCAGGGUUUUUGUAUAUUGCUUAUCUUCAAGAGACAUGUUUUUGUGAUGAAAAUAGCAUUUCACCAGCUCUUCCUAUGGUAUGUUGUUGCUUGAAGUGAAUAUAUCUGCUCCUUCCUUGUUUUUGGAGUUUGAUUCUUUAUGGUUUUUGCACUUAUUGGAAGUCGCUUUGGAAAAAAGCAUCAGCUAAAUAAUAUGUAAUGUAUCUACAUAUUCAUUUUGAGUUAAAUUCUAAUGUUACUUUGCUAUUUUUGUUGGACGAUGUAUGCAUACGGGUCUACAAAGGUGUGUGUGCCCGCCUCGUGCACGCUCCUCACCGGACACAGACUGAUCGCUGCCUCCUUCAGCCGUGCAGCGUUUCUGGUUAUAAUAAUACAAAUCAAUAUUUUAAUUCUUGGUGUAUUUAUAUGUUGAUGCAAACUGUAAAAGGAUGGUUGGAUAUUCGCAGGGAUUCUAGAAAAAAAAACCCUAUCAG